GUGAUAUGGUUUGAUACAGGAAUGUUAUACUAUGUGAUUUUAGUGUAUUUAGUGAAUGUCACUUUUUGUCAUUUUCAAAUUUCCUGCCGGUUCCAACCCCGUACGUCCCGACGCUCGCAGGGGACGGAACCCAGAAGACAGAUGCCGGCAUCCACUGGAUUACAUUUCCGGAGACACUGCAGGAGGGACAUCGCGGGACCGCAGGACAAGGUAAGUGAUUGAGGGAUCCCAGAGCAACGCUGCAUGGUAAGCCCGAGUGUAGUUCGGGGUUACCACUUGUGCUACACUCAUGAAUACCGCCAGGGGGGUUA